CGCUCUAUCCCUCCCUCUGCCUCUAUCCGACCAGCCCUCGCUGCAUCCACUCCAAAGCUCUUUAGGCUACUUUGCGCAUGUACAGCUAAACAGAACACAUCGACACGAAGAUGGCGAUAAGAAGUCUGAUUUGCGUCCUGAUUCUGUUCUCAACUCACUGUUGCUUUCCAACGUUGGCCGUGGAGUUGAAGACAAAUGACCGCGCGCCAUGGACAAACGAGUUUGAAUCAAUUGAAUUAUCCUGUUUGAUUGAGUCCAUCUCCACAACCAACCCGCGCAUUGAAUGGAAGAAGAUCCAAAACGGCGAGCCAAGUUAUGUGUUCUUUGACAAGAAGGUUUCAGGGGAUCUGCAGAACAGAGCGAGGAUCAGAGAACCGGCCACGCUGCUCAUCACCAACGCCACUCGCUCGGACACGGCUGACUACCGCUGCGAGGUCACGGCGCCCAACGACCAGAAGACCGUUGACGAGAUCAUCAUCAGCCUCGUCGUCAGAGUGAAGCCGGUGGUGCCCAAGUGCAGCGUCCCCAAUUCGGUGCCGGUGGGCAAGUCGGCGGAGCUGCGCUGCGUGGAGGACGAGGGCUUCCCCAAGUCCCAGUACCAGUGGUUCGUCAACAAGGAGGAGAUCCCCGACGACCCCAAGACCAGCGUCCGCUUCCUCAACUCCUCCUACAUGCUCAACGGGGAGACGGGCACCCUGAAGUUCACUGUGGUCCGGAAGGAGGAUGCAGGGGAAUACUACUGCCGGGCCAAGAACGACGCGGGACAUGCUGAGUGCGGCCCCCAACGGAUGGAAGUCUAUGACCUGAACGUGGCUGGCAUAGUAAUGGGAGUACUGGUGGUGGUGGUCGUGCUCCUUUGUAUAACACUUGGAAUCUGCUGUGCAUAUAAGCGCGGUUACUUUGCCAAUCAGAAAGAGGCAGGAAACAACUACAAAGUCCCAGCGAAGGGAGACGGAGUAGACUAUGUCCGGACGGAGGAUGAGGGGGACUUCCGACACAAAUCUUCAUUUGUGAUCUGAAGGGGGAGAGCAGCAUUAUUUCCUGGGGCGUCGAAGGCCAGAUAUGUUCACCAGUGUCCACACGAGGCUGUUCCAGCACGGUGCCGCUGCCACAGAUUCUGCCUUGGACCCCCUCGGCAAGACUGAAACCAAACAAUUGAAAAAGGGUUGCCAAAGGUCACACGUUUUCACAGGAGCUACCCAGGAGGUAUCUCACCAACUGGUCCAGGAGUCAUCACCGCCAACCGACUUAUUUUGCUACAUCAUGGAAUCAUUGUUUUUUCUUUAACAGCCAAUGCCAGGUUACACAUUCAACUGAGGAAAAAAAACACCACAAAGUUUAACGAUUACGAAGGAUGUUUCAGUGGGUGAAAAGAAGCUGGAGGUGACAUGUCUGUACUUUGCUUUAAACCUUGUGUCAUUUGUACAUUACUACUGUGGAAAUGUGUCUGACUAUUUUUGAAGGAAUAUAUUUUAAGAUGCCUCUAGAUAAAAGGUUUACUUUUUUAAAUACGUGUAAGAUACUAACAUGAUUUUUUUAAUUAUUAUUUUGGUUUUGGAUGAAAUACAAUUAAUUAACACUUUAACCUAGCCUGGAUCCCCCCGCCUAAGUACUUCCGCUAAAUUUGAAUUUCCCUUCAGUACUAGGCUCUGCGGUAUGUUAUGCCGCGUUUCCAUUGUAGGGUACGGUUCGGUUCGCAAAGGUGCGGUACGGAUUGCGUUUCCUGUACUCGUUUUGCCCUUGUCUUCAGUACUCCUCCGUUGGGUGCGUUCGAGUAUUCUCUGCGAACCGACUCGGAUCUCGGAUCUGACGCCACGCCCACACUUCAAGCUUUUUAUUAUUUCGCUCGGUCGUUGGAGGAAAACAUGGACGCCACCCGGAAAGCUGUUGUCGCGGUAGCAUUGGCAGAGGACCAGGCGCUCCAAAAUAAGUAGGCUAUUGGCCAUAGGCAGAGAUACGGACGCAGUAAGGUAUUGCAGUAAUACGAGUGAUUGAAAUUGCCAUUUAAACCACCAAAGUGGUCCAAGCACAAUGAAAACAGUUCAUACGUCAAGUCACAAUGGGCGCAGCCAUCUUGAAUUCUGUCUCGGAAUUUCAAAAUUCAACCGAGAUGGCGAGUUCGCCGUCGGAGGAAAAGGGGCGUAUUUGUGCGUGUCGCUAGGCAACGUCCUCGGACCUCCGAAACGGAUGGAUAUUAAAAGAGACGCCUGAAAGGGUGACGGAAAAUUCGAGCUACGGACCCCCUCCGUUGAUUGGUCGUAUUAUUCUUUACAAUGAACAUGUCGCGUAAAACGCUUGCCUGGGCGAACGAGGUGGAGACGUUCCUCUGCAUUCUUGGGGAGGAAGACGUGCAGAGUUAGCUCUUGGUUUAAUGUGUCGCGUUCAACUUUUCCAUUGUUUUUAUUGAGCAGGCUACACUGUGUCGCGCUGCUAUGAUGUCACGAUGUUUACGUAGCUGCCGCGGCGAUCGACAUCCGGCCUACCAUAAAGGGUACUGUCGGCGGUGGAAACUCGACCUCGGAACUGAGCUGCCGCCCCCUCCCUACCGGACUGAAGCGAACCGAACCGUACGCACCCUGCAGUGGAAACGCGGCAUUAGUGGGUUUUCUCCGUCUAAAUUUUCUGCGUCCAAUAAGCGAACAGAGGGAGUGGCUGAGAUCAAUGACGUUAAAGUCAGUUCUCGUUGACGGACAUAUUCACUCACGGUGUUUGGUUUGUUUACAGCCUGCGCGCAACGUGAUUCCCGGCAAAACGUUAGCGAUUGGUUAUGGCAGAUCCAGAGUGGCACUGGGCAGAUCCAAUAGUUGUAAACUUCAACAGACAUCCGCCUUCAAUUGAGUUAACGUUUGUCAAUUGAGUGGGUCCAGAGUGUAAAUGAAAUUAAAUACGAGAGUCUGGUAGGACCAGGCUAACCACCAUUCAAAUGUCAACAUCUACAUGGUUUCCCAAGAAGAAGAAAAUAGAAAAAGGGGGAAGAUUUAAGAAAAUGUUUAAAGGACAAGUAUUAGCAUAUCAGCACCUGGUUCCAGAGGUCUUACAUGUUUGAUUUAUUUUGUGGGGUUGUGCCCGGCUUUUUGAUGAGAUAGCGACCGGUGUUCAUGUUUGUAGAUAGUCUUAUACAGUAAGAAGGCCUCUGAGGUUUGUCAGUCAGACGCUGUGAACCGCUAUCAGUGCUGCAUUGUCUGCAUUUAAAGUGUCCUUCAAUGCUUGCUGUUGAUCGUGUAUAUAUUGAAUAUACUGUUUUCUUUGUUUUGUUCCUUUGUUUUGCAGUCACUCGUGUUCAGUUUUACAUCAAAAUAAUACAGGGUUUGUUGGUUAACAAAUGUACGGAUUGUAUAUAGAUUUACAUUUUUUUUAAAGAAUAGGUUUAGUGUUUGAGGCGAUAUGAAACUCUUUCCAUUGGUAAGACCGAAAAGAUCAGGUAACAUUUUACAUGCACGGCAUUUCACCACCCACACAUUACACUUGGCCAGGCGCCUUGCGGUGGCGUUAUGACAGAUUGAUGAAUAGGGUUUAAGUCCUUGUGUCAAUGUUCAUGACAAACGCCAUUAAAUAUUUAUUUCAUGCCAUUUUUCACUCAAACAGAUUGAAACUGCUCCGCCGUUUACCUUAUACGAUAUGAACAACUGAUGGGAAGUCGAUUAGGGGCUGCCCCGACGUUCUAUUUUUGUUUAAAUUAAUUGACGAUGAGUUAUCUGGUGUUGGAAGAGAUGUCACGUGUUAGUAACCCUGAUCGCCCAUGUUAGAGAAGAUCUGCCCGGAUCUGUUUGCAUGUUGAGACGGAUCAACAUUUUUUUAUUUCUUCCAUUGCAUCUAAGGAAAAUAUUCCUAAUAUGAGGUUUGUGAGUGUGUGUGUGUGUGUGUGUGUGUGUGUGUGGGGGGGGGGGGAACACCAAUCGGUUCACAGAUUAAUACUUCCCACACAGGGAGAGACACAAGACACUCACGGUGCAUCCAAAAUAUCCCAGCUGAACAACGCUUCUCAUUUGUAUGUCAUUCCUCUUCAGUGCCUUUCUGCUAUUGACACGGAUAUUAAUAAAGAGAAGAAAAACAGCAUUUACAUGAACAUCUCGGGGGAGAGCUGCCCAAGUAUUGACCUUUAACGAUGGAUUCUACCUAGUUAUUGACCUGCAUAAUUCUCAUUUGUGAAACUCCACGGGCGUUUGAGAGGAAUGAUGCCGCCCCAAAUUGUGAAAGCGAGGAGUACUGUACCAUUUUCCCUUAUGACAUAUCUGCAAAUUUGUAAAUAGUUUUUUUGUGAUAGAAGUUAAAAAUGUAGACAUGUCUUUUUUUUAAUUGAAGCAGAAUUAGAAAAUAUAUUAGUGCCUAAAUAUAGUGGAAUUUAUUUUUGGUAAAGAAAGGUAAUAGACAGUAUUAGGCAGAAGGAUAUAUAUACUCAAACCAACUAAAUAAAACUUUACAUACAACACUGGUUUCCCUGCGCUGCCUCUUAACAUAAUCAUCUAAUUGACAUUUCACUGUAUACUGUACUUUUGCAUUGCCAUAUUAACGCAAGCUGACAUAAGGGUGGAAUUAUGAAUUAUGCCUUAAUAUGCCAUGUACAGUACUUAAUUUGGUAUGAGGUGUUAUUAAUUGGUGUUUGUAUCAGGAGUCGAGACUAUAAGGAGUCAAGGCUUAUAAGUUAUGGUUCCACGUCGACGAAACGCAAGGGGGUUUGCAGACCAUUACAUCCUUGCAGACCCUCCUUGCGUCCACUGCAAGGGCCUGGCGUGUGCCUCCCAAAAAUUGUAACCUUGCGUAGAGGCGACGCAGCAGCAAGGGCUGUGAUUGGUCCGCUCACUAACCGACGCAGAACCAAAACGGCUAGCUUCACGACUGCGUCGAAGCGUCUGCGUGGUCAUUGCGUUGCGUCGUCGUGGAACCAUAACUGAAUUAUAUGAACAGGCUACAUACACUGAAACAGGACUUUAUAUUCUGUGGUAACUAACAGGAGAGGUUGAUGGAGACCUCUGUUAGGAAUCCAGCUUAUAUUCAGUUUGUAGCAGGCGAGUAAAGCCAAACAAACAACUGCCAAACACACCGUCCACCCCAAGGAGGACAGUAGCUCAGUAUUAAGAAGGUCUCUCCAGGCCUGACGCAGAAUGGUGUGUAAUUUUCUUAGGAAUAAACAGUGUGGAGAACCUCAUUCUUCAUAAACCAAACUCAAAGAAGGUAGAAUAUGCAUCUAAGGUCAGGGGAUUUGUUUUGCCCUGUUUUUAUUUCUGCUUUGGUUACCUCUUGAACCAUUCUGUUUGUGAUUAAUAAAACUCACUUCUAAUACCACAGUAGAUGUGUGUUUGUUAUUUUUAUUGUAUGAUUGUUUAAGCUAGAGAGGGAAACAAUAGUUUUUUUUUUAUUAUUGUUUAUACAUCUACCACCAGCUACAUACACUGAAACAGGACUUUAUAUUCUGUGGUAACUAACAGGAGAGGUUGAUGGAGACCUCUGUUAGGAAUCCAGCUUAUAUUCAGUUUGUAGCAGGCGAGUAAAGCCAGACAAACAACUGACAAACACACCGUCCACCCCAAGGAGGACAGUAGCUCAGUAUUAAGAAGGUCUCUCCAGGCCUGACGCAGAAUGGUGUGUAAUUUUCUUAGGAAUAAACAGUGUGGAGAACCUCAUUCUUCAUAAACCAAACUCAAAGAAGGUAGAAUGUGCAUCUAAGGUCAGGGGAUUUGUUUCCCCCUGUUUUUAUUUCUGCUUUGGUUACCUCUUGAACCAUUCUGUUUGUGAUUAAUAAAACUCACUUCUAAUACCACA